GUCUAUGCCUUUUUUACAAGCUCCUCGGCUGUGAGAAGACGCCAUUUUGUAGUGGUUAUAAUUUGUGAUUUCGGUGUUAAUUUUACGUGGCUUUUGCCUACUUUUCUUGUUUUUAAGUGUUAAAAUUAGUGUCGCCACCAUUGAACCCGAAACUAAAAUGCCGGGCGCCGGUACUUUCAAAAUCUUCGUCGGGAACCUUUCCGAUAGAACCACCGACGCCGACCUAAGACCGCUGUUCGAAAAGUUCGGUACCGUCGUAGAAUGUGAUAUCGUCAGAAAUUACGGUUUCGUGCACAUGGAAAACGAGCAAGUCGGCCGCGAAGCCAUUCAGAACCUCAACGGAGAGGUCGUUCAUGGUCAAGCUAUCAAAAUAGAAGCGGCCAAGAGUAGAAAGGCACCGUCGACGCCGACUACGAAAAUAUUCGUCGGUAACCUUACGGACAAGACGCGCGCGCCCGAGGUCCGUGAGCUGUUUAACAAGUUCGGGACGGUCGUGGAGUGCGAUAUCGUUCGUAACUACGGCUUCGUGCAUUUGGACGCGACGGGCGACGUGAACGAGGCUAUUAAAGAGCUGAACGGUAUGAUGGUGGACGGUCAGCCGAUGAAGGUGCAGCUGUCCACGAGCCGCGUGCGCCAGCGGCCCGGCAUGGGCGACCCCGAGCAGUGCUACCGCUGCGGCCGCGGGGGCCACUGGUCCAAGGAGUGCCCCAAGGCCAUGGGCCCCGACCGCAACGGUUUCCGCGAUCGGGCGUUCGGCCGCGACCCCUACCCUCCGCCGCCGCCGCCGCCCUUCCUACGCGAUCGCAUGAUGGGAGGAUUCGGGGACCCCUACGAUGCUUAUUAUGACCGGGCGCGCUUCGACUCACCGCGGGACCUGUUCGAGCGGCGGUACCCGGUGGGAGCUACCCGGGGGCUAGACAUGGGCGCCACGCGCGCGCGCGGGGACUUCGUGUCGCCGCCGCUGCGCCGGGAGCCGAUGCCGCCGAUGCCGAACCUGCCGCCCAUGAGGAGCAGCAUGGGUUCCAUGAGGUCCUCUUACGACUCCAUGUACAGCAGGAGAAGUCCCCCACGAGGCCCACAGAUGGCGAGAGGAAUGUACGAGGACUUUAGCAGAGACACUUUUGAUGACAGAAGGCCUGGAAUGCGUGGGUCUUCGCCGCCAAGAAGAUAUGCUCCAUAUUAGUAAAACUAGUCUUAAGAUUUUUUUAAAACAGGUCCAUAAAAUACAAGAGAAUGUCUUUUAUUCAGAUGGCCAAUUCUCGUAUCUAAAAAUGUUCCAGUAAGACAAGUAAAUUUUUGCAAUUGCAUGACAUUCCCUAAACUUACUUUAUUAUAAUAUGUAACUAUCUUUGUACUUAAAAUUACUUUCCUUGUGUAUGGAAUUCAAGUCUUUUUCUGUAUAAUUAAUUUAAUUUUAGGUCAAAAUAUAGUGACGCCCAUACUGCAAAUUGUAUAUUUUAGGUACGAGUUGGCAUUUUGAUAUACUUCGAAGUUUUUAGGGUAGUGUAUUAGGGGGUGUGGUCUGUUAGUUUUAUGUGGUAUCACAUAAUGCUGUAAAGGUUGAUUGGACAUCAUGUGGACCUUUGGACAUCCGUCACAAGACGGUGCCUUGUGACUGCCGUGUUGCGAGUGGCCGGUUGUGUUAAUUUUGUAUGACUGAAGUUUGUAAUGAAUUGCAAAUGUAAAUAAAUAACUUUUAAGUA